AUGGAGGUCAACGGAACGAUUGAGUGUCAGCACGGUCCGGAAGAGUGCUACGGUAACGUCGUUCAGGCUUGUCUGCUAUUCGCCAACGGUGGUGAUGCGAAGCAGUCGCUCACCUUCAUCACCUGCAUGAUUGAACAGCCCAACUCUGAUGACACCCACUCGGCAGCGAAGAAGUGUGCCGAUGACCUGAAACUCGAUUGGAGCUCACUGUCUGCCUGUGCUAAUGGGCCGCAAGGCGCUAAGCUGAUUGCCGCCAACAAGGCCAAGACGGACGCCUUAAACCCUGCUCACCAGUACGUGCCCUGGAUUCUAAUCAAUGGAGUGCACACUGAGGAUCUAGAGAACAAGUGCCUGGCAAACUUGCUUGGUUACCUGUGCAAGAACUAUCUGCCUAAAAAUCAGCCCGAAUGCAAGCAGGCUGAUCUGGGUCUGUCUAUGCCAGCUGAAAACUUGUAUAAAAACAAAAUCAAUGUUGAGCUUAUACCUUCAGGCAAUACUAACGUUAUGGCAAAUGGCCGAAUUACAUGUCAACAUGGUCCUUCGGAGUGUAUUGGUAAUGCCAUACAAGCUUGCAAUACUAACGUUAUGGCGAAUGGGCAAAUUAAAUGUCAGCAUGGUCCUUCGGAGUGCUUCGGCAAUGCCAUACAAGCUUGUCUGUUUGCUCGCGAUCAAAAUACAAUGCAAUCACUCCAAUUUAUGGUAUGCAUGUACAAUGACCAUAGUAAAAAUAUCGCUGAUAAAGCAAAAAAUUGUGUUGAAAAUAUGAAUUUGAGAGGCUGGGAUGGAUUAUAUGAUUGCGCUAAUGGACCAAACG